AUGGAGAAUGUGCUACCACCUCAGUCACGCAUGGAAAAUUGCAUUUUGCAUGGUUGCAAGGGGGAAGUAAAUGAUGGCUUUGUGGCAUUUUCUUCUAAGGCUGAUCCACUGAGGACAUUUAAGGAAAUUCAUGAUAUGAAAUACGAACUUUUGACACAAACAUCUGACUGCGGCGGUAUGCAAGAUGUUUGCGAAUCAAUUCCUGAUGAAUUGUCCUUAAAUAGUGGAUAUCACAGAAACUGUCAAUGCACAUUUUUCUGUAAUGCAACCCAUGCCUUAGCAAGAACAUGCCAAGCAGUAAAUCACAGACCAAAACGUGAGCAUAUGGAUUCUUCAGUUUUGUUCGGCAAUUACUGCAUAUUCUGCAAAAGUGGCACUGUGAAGCGAGCUUCAGGCAAGAGAUAUAGCUUGCAGAAAUUCCAGUCAACUGCAUACAAAUCUAUUGAGACAAAAGCUAUGGAACUAGGUGAUGAAGAUCUGUUAUGCAAAAUUGUGGGUGUGGAUCUUGUUGCUAGGCAGGCACAAUUUCAUGACUGCUGUCGCAAGCAGUACUUGGUAAAGCAAGCAUCUCAGCCUGAUAGCACAGAUGCAGCAUCGACAAAGAAAGCAAUGAUAAGUAAAGCUUUCACUCAGGUAUAUGACCACAUACAAACUGAAAUUAUUCAAAAAGGUCAGGUUGUCAAACUUGCUUAUCUUAAGGAUUUGUAUAAUGAUACAUUGAGAAAAUUUGAAGGAUCUGCUUCUCCAAUAACAGCUCACAACCCCAGACAAAAAAUUGAAUGCCAUCCUAAUCUCAAAGACAGUGUUGACUUCUUAUCUUGCCCAUUCAAAAACAUGUUAGUGUUUUGUCGUUCCCAGGAAUCGAUGACGACAACAGUGUGUUCAGCUUAUGAGAUGGGAAAUACUGAUUGGAGUAAAGAAAUCAGCCAUGACCUUCACCAGAAAAUCAUAAAAGCAUUCAAAAAUUCAGAACCACUGACAUGGCCCCCUACAGCUCAUGAUAUCCCAGAACCAAAAAAAGAGAUUCCCUCUGAGGUUUUACAAUUUGUAUUAAACCUAAUCUGUGGUGAUAAAAAGCCAUCACAAAAACCAUCACAUGCGGAGGAAUGUCUAGCAAUCUCCAUUUCCCAGUACCUCUGCAGAGCAGUGACAUCAGGCCGAUGGAAGAUGAAGAAACACAUCUUGCUAUGUAUGACACUACGGCAUCUCUUUAGAUCCAAGAGCAUAACCACUCUGAUCAAUAAGCUUGGCCACUGUGAAUCAUACUCAUACUCACUGGAACUUGAAACGGCUCUGGCAAAUUCAAUAGUGGAAAGUGCGUCAAUAAUAAGCGAAUCUGACAUUAUCAGGGGACAACCUGACGGAGCAGUCUUCCAUAGUGACUGGGACAAUUUUGAUCAGCUGGUAUCAAAUAUAUAUGCUGCAGGGAUCUACAUGCAAGAUCUAGGAUCUUCAGAUACAGCAGGCCUUACCUCAGUACAGCCUAGACAAGAUCCUACCACUCGACCUACAACAAAACAAAGAUCGUUCAAAAGGCCUGCUCAGGAUUUGCCAACUUACUACAAGCGGAAACGGUCAGAACCAGUACUGGCAGCAUCCAAUUCAAAUACUGCAGCCACAUGCAGCAACUCAAAAUCAGAUUCUGAUCUUGUUUGGGUCAUUGCUCGUAAAGUCAACUCCGUGGAUCAGCACAUCCCUGGUUUGUCAGGCUGGUUGUCGAUAACUGGCUGUUCUCCAAAAUGCCUCACCACAAUUGGGUAUUAUCCCAUGAUCAAUGCUCCAAUAACAGAAUUGUCAACCAUUCAAGAGUGCCUUCGAAGCUGCAUCCUCUGA